AUGGCGACCCCCUUCGGGCCCUGGGCUCCCUGCCCCAAGGCCGCCGUCGCUCGGGCGCUCCUGCUCGGCGGUCCUCGUCCCAGGAGGCGGGGAGCCGUAGGCGCCUCAGAUGUAGUAGUAGCAUAUAAUUUAACUUGGAAAUCAACUAAUUUCAAGACGAUUUUGGAGUGGGAACCCAAACCCAUCAAUCAUGUCUACACUGUUCAAAUAAGCCCGAGAUUAGGAAACUGGAAAAACAAAUGCUUCUACACAACAAACACAGAGUGUGACGUCACCGAUGAGAUUGUGAAAAACGUGAGGGAAACGUACCUGGCACGGGUCUUUUCGCAGCCGGCGGACGCCGCCGGCUCCGCGGGGGAGCCUCGGUUUACCAACUCCCCGGAGUUCACGCCCUACCUCGACACAAACCUUGGACAGCCAACAAUUCAAAGUUUUGAACAAGCUGGGACAAAGCUGAAUGUAACCGUGAAGGAUGCACGUACCUUAGUCAGAGUGAACGGCUCGUUCCUAAGCCUCCGGGAGGUUUUUGGCAAGGACCUAAAUUACACACUUUAUUAUUGGAGAGCUUCAAGUACAGGAAAGAAGUCUUCUUCAUCGUUGGAGCCUUGGUGUUUGUGGUCUUCAUCGUCGUCAUCCUGUCUCUGUCUCUGUACAAGUGCAGGAAGGCCAGAGCAGGGCGGGGCAGGAAGGAGAGCGCGCCCCUCACUGCUGCGUAGAGAUCUCGCCAUGGGAUCUGCCGGCUCCGCGGAGGCUGCGUGUGCUGCGACCAAGAGCUUUGAAGGCAGUAGAAUCCGUGCAGGCAAGGGAGUGCUUUGGAGCACGGAGACCCUGGGGCUCAAAGGGAGCUCUUUAUUUGACCUGUUCCCAGCGUCAGCCUUAGACACUUGGGAGGUAGUGAGCGGUACAGCAAUUCCAAGGUUUAAUUUCUCUUUCAACACUAGGGCACCUUUUGCACAUAUCACACUUCAGACUGUGUGUUUUCUACACUCACCGUGAAGCCAGGUUGUCUAAGGGAAAACAAAUGAACAAAGGCCUUAAAAAAUCCUGGGUGGACUUUUGGACAACUUUUGAGAGACUGACUUCAAACCACGUGGGAGAGUAAAACGGAACUUGGGUGGGUUUUUCUAACACGUAGCUGUCCUUUUAUGACGUGGUGUUUAGCUUCUUCUUCCCUCUUGUUAGUUCAGAACAAUUAGCAGACUCUCACGUGAAUGUGUUGAAUGCAGCAGGUUUGUGCUUGGGGCACGUUCCUAACAGCAUUAGUUUAGCACUUUAUCUGACUGACGCUGUCAUGAACACUGACAGCUAGCUGUGUUUUUGUAAGACUACUAUACCAACAAACUACA